AUGAAAUUAAAAUUAAAAUCGAGCGCUAAUUUUCGCGGUGUGUUGAGGAAUCGGCAACUUGGACUGGAUCUCUCAGAAAAUGAACUUAGCGGCAAUAUUCCAGCAGAGCUUGGAGGUCUUCUACAACUACAAGUUUUCAAUGUCUCUCACAACAAAUUAUCAGGAGUGAUACCAGAAAGCUUUUCAGGUCUCAAGAAUGUGGAAAGCCUUGAUCUCUCCUUCAACAAGUUACAAGGCCGGAUACCACAAGGACUAACAAAGCUGAGCAGCCUCGCGGUCUUUAAUGUUUCGUUCAACAACUUAUCAGGAGUCAUUCCACAAGGGAAACAGUUUAACACCUUUGAGACACAAAGCUUUGUAGGUAAUCCUCUUCUCUGUGGAAAACCAACCAACAGAAACUGCGAUGGAAGUACCUUUCAAGAAGAACCAGACAAUGGAGUCAAGGAUGAUGAGAGCCAAAUCGACAUGGUUUCUUUCUAUUGGAGUUUUCUUGCAGCUCAUGUGACCAUACUUCUUGGAAUAUUCUCAUCUCUCUCUCUCUCUUUUGACUCGCCUUGGAGCAGAUUUUGGUUCUACGUCGUUGAUGUUUUCAUCAACAAGGUGAGGAAUUUGUUGUGCUAAAACUACUCUUGCUGCCGAUUCCAUUAAUGUGCCAUAUACGUUGCUCUUCAUUCUUCUCUAAACUUCAUGCUU